AGUAACAAUUAAUGUUGUGUAUCACUGUCACACAAAUAGAGUUACUCUUCUCCACGCGGCUAAAGAAGUCUUGUUCGAAAGAUUUCUUCUUUCUAAAAUGAAUCAAACUGUUGACGAAUCAGAACUUUUGACUGAAGUUCCAGAUAUUCUAAAGCGCCUUGCUUUAACUGUGGUUAAAUCCUUUUACGAAACAGAACACAGUGCCAUUGUUAAUUUACUUGUUAAACAUACUUGUGUGAAAGAAGAUGAUCUCUCUGAUCUGUUAAAAUUUGAGAAGAAGCAACUACGAAAUGUUUUAGCGAGAUUAAAGAACGACAAGUUGGUUAAACAGAGAGUAUACAAAGGCAAACAGGCCGAUACAGGAAAUACAAUUGCUUUCAACUAUUUUUUUAUCGAUUAUAAACUAUUUGUAAAUGUGAUCAAAUACAAAUUAGACCAUAUUCGUAACAAGAUCGAACAUGAGGAACGAGAAGCAACAAACAGACCAUCUUUUGUAUGCACUCAAUGCAACAAAAGGUAUUCUGAUUUGGAAAUUGAUCGUUUGCUUGAUCCUAUGUCUGGAAAUCUUUACUGUGAAUUUUGUGGUGGUCCCAUUGAAGAAGACACAACUGGUGUUGAACAAAAACAAAGUUCUCGUUCGCUUUUGGCUCUUUUUAAUGAGCAAAUGGAACAAAUAUUUAUUUUGCUUCGUGGAUGCGAGAACUUUAAGUUGGCACCUGAAAUUUUGGAACCAGGACCUGCAUUAUGUUUAAAACAGUUGGUGUCACGAAACUCUGGAAGUGGCGGAUCCAAUGCAAAACAAGGUUGGUCAACAAAGGCCCAAGUUAACGAGAAUCUUUAUGAACAUGACAUAAAAAUUAACAUGGGUGACGAGAAAGUUGACGAGGAAAAAGCAACAAAAGAGGUACCACUAUGGAUAAGUCAGAGUACUGUAGGACCUUCAGGAGAUAUAGCUGAAAGUCCUUCUACGUCCAGCAAUAAUUUAACUAAAGAACAACCACAUACAGCUAAUAAUGAGAUUAUGAAAAAUUUAUUACUGCAUGAGAACAAGAAAGCUAGGCUGGAUGAGAGUGUGGGUAGUCUACCACAAGACUCAAGUGAUGAGUCUGAUUCCGGGUUUCAUAAUGUUACCGAGGAGAACGCUGGUACACAAGGGGAUAGUGAUGAUGAUGAUGAUAUCACAGUAAAGAUUGGGGAUAAAAAUAUUGCAUUGGAUGAUAUUACAGAUGAAAUGAUUGAAAAUAUGACUACAGAAGAGCACGAUAAUUACAUGAAGGCUUAUCAAGAAGCAUUUAGUCAUUUGUACUAAAGUGAAAAAUAUUUUCAAGACUAUGAGGAUGUGUGUUGAUUUCUUAUUAGGUAUCAAAAAUUUGGGUAUUUCAAUUGAAGAAGUAAAUAAGUAUUUGUCAGCUUUGGUUUGGAGUUGAUUAACUUAACCUUAAUGGCAAAAUAAUUUAAAAAACAACUAAAAUUUGUAAGUAUUUUUCAAACCUAAACAUUUGUUACUUUUAGACUUCAGUUUUGGCUUGAGCAAAUAAACCUGUUUCCUGAACUACUUAAGUACUUAACAUGUGCACAUCUGUUCUUAAUGUUUGAUAGCUCAGUCAACCGUGUGCGUUUACCUUUAUUAUUUAAUUGUUUUCAAUGUUGAAUAUUAAAUGUUGUUUUUUUUUAAA